AUGACUGAGGAAAUGUCAGCUGCAGAAGUCAAAGGAAGGGCUGACGGUAAGCCGAAGUCGGUGGAGGCGACGGAAGGCCGGGUAGUUCCCUUUGAUGUCGAGCAGAUGGAGAUGGAGGAGGGGGACGAUGACGAGGAGCAACUGAUGGAGGAGGAAGUCGAGAGGGGAGGAUGGGGGAAUAAACUGGACUUCAUCAUGGCAUGUAUCGGCUACGCGGUGGGCCUGGGCAACGUCUGGAGGUUCCCAUAUCUCUGCUAUAAGAAUGGAGGAGGAGCAUUUCUCAUUCCUUACUUCAUUUCGUUGGUGGCGUGUGGUGUGCCUAUCUUCCUCAUGGAGGUUACUCUCGGUCAAAUGCUACAGACAGGAGGCAUAAGCGUCUGGGAAAUAUUCCCCGCAAUAAAAGGUGUUGGUCUGUCCGCCGCCACCAUCGCCUCCAUGCUGAACGUGUACUACGUCAUCAUCGUGUCGUGGUCUCUGUUCUACAUGUUCGUCUCCUUCACCAGUGAACUCCCCUGGCACGACUGCAGCAACUACUGGAACAACGAGUUCUGCAGCGAGCUGCAGCUGCAGUCUAACUUGACCGCUGACAUCAAGAAGUCGUACUUUCUGUCCACCAACGGCUCGUUGCUGCCUAAGGUGUUAGGCGAGUCAUCUGCCGAACAAUAUUGGGAGAGAAGAGUGCUGCACACAAGUGGAGGAUUUGAUGAGAUCGGUGGUCUUCGCUGGGAUCUCAUGGGAUGUCUUGCUUUAGCCUGGGUGCUUACAUUCCUCUGUAUUUGGAGAGGCGUCAAAACGACCGGAAAGAUCGUCUGGUUCACGGCCCUGGUUCCUUACGCCAUCCUGCUUAUCCUCCUCAUCAACGGUGUACUUCUAGAAGGUUCUCAAAGUGGUAUUGUCUAUUACAUCACGCCUACGUUUGACAAGCUCGCUGAACCCACGGUAUGGGUUGAUGCUGCUACUCAGAUCUUCUUCUCCUACGGUGUGGGUAUCGGCUCUCUCAUCUCCCUCGGUAGCUACAACCCUUACAGGAAUAACUCAUUGAUUGACACCAUCGUGGUGGGCAUCGUCAACGCGGGUACCAGUCUGUUCGCAGGCUUCGUCAUCUUUGCUAUCCUGGGCUACAUGGCGUUCGUUCAAGAGGUGGAUGUGUCGCAAGUGGUCGACGAAGGGCCAGGGUUAGCAUUUGUUGCCUACCCGACGGCUGUUGAUACCAUGCCUGCUGCUCCUUUCUGGUCAAUCUUGUUCUUCGCCAUGUUGGUCAUGCUGGGUCUGGACAGUCAGUUCUGCGUCGUUGAGGGCUUCAUCACUUCCCUCAUGGACGGCUUUCCCGAGUUCCGUCUAAGACAGCAUCGGACGAAGUUCCUAAUCACUAUCUGCGCCAUCGACUUCUUCCUGGGAUUCUUGUGCAUCACAGAUGGAGGGAUAUACAUGUUCCAGUUGCUGAACGACUACGCAAUCAGCGGUAUGCCGCUGUUGUGGGUAGCCAGCUUCGAGUGCAUCACGAUAUCCUACGGCUACGGGAUCCGACGAUAUUACCGAGAUGUCUCCACCAUGCUGACCUUCACUCCCGGCUGGUUCUGGCCCAUCAGUUGGGCUGUUGUUAGCCCACUCGUGACUGUUGGCAUCUUUAUCUUCAGUCUGGUUGACUACUCCGGACCAAAGUUCGGAGAAGAUUACUAUUUCCCCAUCAGUGGGGAGAUUCUUGGUUGGAUGAUGGCGCUUGCUUCUAUGCAGUGGAUUAUCACCUAUGCUUUAUUUCUCUUCAUAACCACGCCCGGCACAGUCAGAGAGGUAGUAUAA